GAUUCUCUCUUUAACAUACAUCGAUUGAAGGCACACACAAAAUUGACACCAUUUAAAUUCAAGAAAUUUUAAAGAACAGAGCAACUUCACAGUGCUUGUAUCAUGCAUGCAAAUAAAUAAGAAGCAUUUUAAAAAUAUUUUGUACAUGAAAAAUAUGUACUGCGUAUAUCAAUUUUCAGAAGCGUACGCAAUUCUCCUAGAGUCUCUUGCUUUUAAAUGAGUUUAGAAAUAUGUUUGAAAUGUUAAAAAUGGUGAAACAAAAACAUUAGGUCCAUUAAAAGAGAAAUCUUAAUAUUGGUACCCUUAGCAAGACAAUGACCUGGGUUUUGUUCGUUUAUUCUUGAAUUUAAAGGCGGCGGAGUUUGGCGCGAAACCAGCCUAGGUAAUAAUGCAGCCAUUUAAAGUGUUUAUGUAUAAGUUUGGCUUUGUUUACUUAUUGAAUAAAACCUUUACUGGAUUACACACGCUGUGAUCGAUAUAUUGAUUCUCUCAUGUCUGGUAUCCAUUUAAAAUGUUGUAAAGAAGCGGAGCACCUACAAGACAACGCAGUUGCAUGAACUGCGAUAUGAGAAAAUUCGGGCAGCACUAUGGCAGAGCUAGAUGUUGCUACUCGACAACGCCAGAUCGAGAUUCUACAGUGCAUGGUUUCCCAAGACGAGGACGAAAUCAUAUGGAAGUUGUCAGCUAAUAAAGACAUCAUGAAACAGAAUAUUGGAUUCGAUUACGAGAGUCGUAACAGGAUGUGCAUCUGUGGACAGAUGUUUGAGAAAUUACGUCAUAAUAAUCACGUGUUUCAUGUGGAGAAGAUGUCGGUAUGGGUGUUGGAGGGGCGCUGUCCACACGUGGAACAGACAGCAGAGUCCACCCCACAGCACGCAUCUACAACAUUCCUCCUCUCUGCCUGCGCGCUGGGAAAGUUAAGAGUGAUUAAAUUUUUAGUUCAUGAACACGAUUGUACUUUGAAUGAACCUACACGAGCAACACUCUUUGCUCCAAUACAUUUUGCAAUCUACAACAAAGACGUCGAACUGUUUAAAUUCCUUACAUCGAAGAAAGUUAAUAUAAACGUUUGCUGCAGGGGAGAAGAGAGAUACUCGGCUUUAAUGCUAGCUGUACUAGAGAAUGCAGAAGAAAUAGUACAGAUGCUACUGAAAAUGGAAUCGCUGCAAAAGAACUUUGUGAACUCGUACCAGAAAGGAGCUCUGUGUUGUGCGGUAGAAAUGAACAAUAAGAGAAUGGUCCAACUGUUGACUGAUAAUGGUGUCAUGGCUACCCCAGGUACUCUUUAUCGGGCAGAUAUUUAUGGCGAUGACGACAUCACAGAGCGUAUACUGCAGACACGAGAGGCCGACUUUUAUACUCCACAGCAGCAGCAUACCCUUAUCUACUCUGCUGUUGUGAAAGGUAAAGCGACAUCUCUGAACUUGCUUUUACAACAUGGCUUCCAACUGAACCACCGCCCGGAUUAUCUCUGUCCAGUGGAAGAAGAUCCAUUAUUCCACGCCACCUUACAAAAUAAUCCCGAAAUGAUUAACAUUCUAUUAGCGCAUAAAGCAGACAUCAGCAGAAAAAUAUAUGGCACCACCUCUUAUGAUUUAGCUAGAAUAUUAGAUUUAAAGGAGGUGUGUGUGAUCUUAGAAAAUGAAUUGCACAGAAGAUGUCUUCCCGUUAAAUCCGAACUUCAGAAUAAUGCUAGUCCCUAUAUGACCAUAUUAACUCUAGCAGGAGUAAACAAAAAAGAAUUUGUCUCUAAGCUUGCUUCUAAAGGUCUUGAUAUCAAUGCCAAUGAUGAUGGCGGGUUUACACCAUUGCAUGAAUCCAUAAAUCGUGAAGACGAAGCCAUGGUGAAGCACUUGCUGCAGUGUGGCGCAGAUCCUAACCGACAAAGCGCUGAACCCGGUUAUAUGACGCCUCUUCACAUCGCCAUUAUAAAAGGCAAUCUCAAUCUAGUUAAAAUGCUGCUGAGUUUGAAUGUGAAGAUGGAGGUGGUUCGUCCAGUCCUCGUCUUGUGGGGAACAGAUACGUACUACACCGAUUGGAUCGUGGACCCCAAACUGAUGCCGCGUCACCGCUCUUCUCUGUGUGACGCCGUCUGUAGGAAUUUCGUAACCAUCGCUCUCUUUCUGUUGGAUGCUGGCAAUAGUAUAGCCGAAGAAGACCCAGAGAGUGUUAAAUUUAUGAUCAAAUACACGCGAAGUUACGUCAUUCGCAGACGACUAUUGGAUCAUAUGCAGACUCCUCGAAACUUGGGUGAGCUGUGUAGGAAUUACCUCAGACGAAUGCAUAGGAAUGAUAUACAAGAGUUUGUGGCGUCUCAAGAACUUCCUCAAUCUCUGAAACAGUCGUUACUGCUGCAAGACGAUAUUGAGUCUUCCCUGUUUGUCCAAAGAAAUAAACAAUGUACCUUCUAGAAACAUAGAGAGAUGUCUAAUAAUAGGGUACCAUAAAAUAUUUUGUAAAAAAAAAAUAAAUUGAAGAAAGCUGUUCUUUUAAUAAAUGUGAAAUGCUAAA